AUGAUUCCGAAUAAUGUAUUGGUUAUCGGCCCGCCAAACUCGGGUAAAAUACGUCUAGCACAAUGCUUUUCUAAGGACGUUGAUACAACAAGCAUACCCAAAGAAUCUCACUCUGGUCUCAUAUAUCGCUGCGAGCUCAACACCAAGUAUUACAAGACGCUGGUUAAUUUGCUUAUUGAAGAGUGUCCUGAAGAAAGACCAAGCGACACUGAUAAGUUUAUCGAGGGUCUUGAUCAGUGGUACAAAGGCUUUGUGUCUGAAGAAUACGUAGAGCUCAGAGAAGCGUUAGAUGGAGUCAUUUUCACAAUGAAUUCUAAUUCAGUACUGGUGCUGGACUGGGAAAUGAUCAUGGACCAGUAUACUCGAAUUAAGGAGUCUCUUGAUGAGAGUAUAUUCUCUGUUGUCAUGGUGGCCGCCUUGGACGCUCCAAACGAUGCACUUCUCGAGCAGUACGAGGAUGGAUGUAUUCAACGAGGCAUUGAGUUCGUCUAUGAGGGUCACGAGGGAACAAACGAGUACAAGGAGAAGCUUGGGAUGGAGAGAAUCAAGGAGAUACUUCAAACGCACACAUGGUCUCAAACUACGUCGUCUACAUCUGAGGAAUACGACAAGCACAGAUUGGACAGGUUAGAUAACAUGACGAAAGGUCUUCUACAACCCGAUGACGGCGAGGAGAUGCCGUUGGAUAAGAUCAUGGAGAAGCUACGCCUCGAAAAGUCAAAAGUCGAAAAGAUGAAACCAGAGAAUAAGGAGUCUUACGUGAAACUGGUGAUAGAAGACCUUCUUCAAUUUAUAUAA